AAAAGAUCGAAGAUGGAUAAAAUAACCAAAAGAAACAAAGUCCAUUCUCCUCCCCACAAAAAUCAAAAUCAUUCUACCUCUCUCUCUUUGAGUUUUUCCGAAAUAAUUACCUUGUACCUUGUUCGUCGUAAAGCUCAAGAGAUUCUGGUGUGACAACUGGCAAUGUCGAGUAAGCUUAUCCAGCCACCAUCAAUAGCAGCCUCACGACGAGCAAUCCCAAGAAGAACACGAAACCCGAAGGUGUUCGUCUCUUUCACCAAUUCUAAUGGCAGAACGCUGAGUUUUAGUGACAUCCCAAACCGUCUCAGACCCAUCUUCAUCGGAAAAGUCACAGAACAGAGCUCUUGUUCCUCCUCCACAAAUGAACAACAACAACAAGUAGAAGAAGGAAGAACAGUUUCCCAGAUUAAAGAAGAGCUCUACGAAGCUCUCAAAGGGAUCAAUAGAGGUAUAUUCGGAGUCAAAUCGGAUAAAAAGACAGAGAUCGAGGGACUGGUGAAGCUUCUUGAAUGUUGGAAUCCGACACCGGAGCCGACCGGAGAGUUAGACAAGAUCGGAGGUUGCUGGAGACUCAUUUACAGUACAAUCACUGUGUUGGGUUCUAAAAGAACCAAAUUGGGUCUUCGAGAUUUCGUCUCUCUCGGUGACCUUCUUCAGCAGAUCGACAUUGCUCAGGGUAAAACGGUCCAUGUGUUGAAAUUCGAUGUCCGGGGACUGAAUCUACUCGACGGCGAGUUUAGAAUCGUCGCUUCUUUCAAGAUCUCAUCCAAAUCGACCGUUGAGAUAACUUAUGAAAGCUCAACGAUCAAGCCAGAGCAGUUGAUGAACAUUUUCAGGAAGAACAUGGAUCUUCUUUUGGGAAUCUUCAACCCCGAGGGACUAUUCGAGAUCUCAUAUUUAGAUGAAGAUAUACAAGUAGGGAGAGAUGGGAAAGGGAAUGUAUUUGUUUUGGAGAGAACAGAGUAAACCCUAAAAAUGUUUACUUCGUUUUUUUCAAACUCGUUUCCAUAAGAAGAAGUUGCUUGUUCCUCAAGAAAAUUUUCAACCUUUUCUUUUGAUUUUGGUUAAUCUUCUCUUUGAUACCAUCAGUAUUUCCUCUAGCAUAUUAGGGAUACUACUUUGGCUUUCUUGUUUCUUUUUUUUUUUUGUGGGAUUUUUUUUUUCUUUUUCUGAAACACAAAUUUAGAUUAGUUUUUUUUUGUCUUGGGAAUAUUUGUAACAAUCUAUUCAUUAUUGGUAUUUCAAUAAUACUGUAUAACUUUACUCUUAGCUUGUUCUCAUUUGUGUC